UUUGUCACUUCCGGAGAGUAAGAGAAGGGACGUAACUCUUAAAAGCGGAAAUGUAAACAAACAAACCAUAUCUGCAAAUUUUGCUUUGUUUUUCAAUAGGAUUUCCCACAAGCCAGGGGGAUUUCUUAUUGCUCAAUGGCUUCCAGAAUCAGCCAGACAGUUGGGGUUCAGCUAACGAGCAGGAAUGUUCUCACACUUGACGAACUGGAAUUGUAUGAGCUAACUCAGUUGGCUGGUGUUGUAAUGGACCCAGAGACAUUCAGGCUCAUCCUUGACCUGCUGAAGAUGAAUGUCUCACCACAAGCCGUGCUGCAAAUGUUGAAAACCAUGUGUGCAGGCAAAAAGAAGGCACGUGCAGGGUCGGAGGAUGGGGGUGAGGCAGAAAACAUGGCCCCUCCCCGUUCAAGACAGGCUCCCAGAAUACGCCACCCUAGUGCCGGUAGCUCACGAAGAACAGACCCUAAGAGAUGAUAUUGACUGUCACAUCCAUGUAUAUUAAAAAAAAACUUUUAAACAAUGAUUUUAAUCCCAGCUGGAAAUGUUUUUCUGAAAAACAAGAUAUUUGAAUUUCCUAAAAAAUGAAAGUAAAAUUUAAACAUGUUUACUAAAAUUUAGUGAAGUUCAUCCAAGGUGUUAAGCAUUAGUUUUGUGUUUUAUUUUGCAAUGUGUGAUAUGAUAUUUAUUUUAAUACUAGACUCACUAGAUUAGAACAUUAAUACUUCUUGUAAGAGAAACAGUACAGGUGUAAAUGAAUGUGUUUUACCACAUUUUUACAUGCAUGUAGUCUAUUUUAUUUUUGUACAUAAUAAUAUACUACAUAAUAUGAUAAUAAUGUACUACAUAAUAUGAUUGUCUUUUGUAAUAAAUUUAAGUUGGAAAAAGUA